AAGAAAACGUAAUGGUAAAAAAUGCCCAACAAAUCAUUGUGAUGAUAAUGAUUGUGGCAAUAAUAAUGAUGCUAAUAAUAGCAGUAUAUCUAGUCUGAUUCUACGAUAUUUUCUACUAAUUCUAAUCGUCGGUGUGAUUGUUUAUCAAGCAUUUAAUAAUUAUCAUGUAAUCACAUAUGUAAGUCAUUCAGUGAAAUCAUUUUUUCGUGGUGAUUUUGAUAACAUCAUCGGUAUUGUUAAUAAUGAUGAUGAUGAUGAUCAAAAUUAUGUGCUUGGUGAAACACAAAUAUUAAGACAUAUGGUCAUAAGAACAAGAUUAGGUCGUUUACGUGGUUUUGUGCAAAAUGUUAAUGGUGUUGAAGUGCAAACAUUUUUAUCAGUACCAUUUGGCCAGCCACCUAUCGAUAAAUUACGUUUUCGUCGUACACGUCCAAUACGUAAAUGGACCGGUAUUAAAGAUGCAACUGAAUUUCCAUCACCAUGUAUACAAUCUGAAUAUACACAACGUUUGUUUCCCGUACAUAUUAUCAAUCAAAAUGUGUCGGAAGAUUGUCUUUAUUUGAAUAUUUGGAGUCCAAUUGGUUCAAGAAAUAAAUCCGUUAUGGUUCUGAUACAUGGUGGAUUAUUCACAAUUGGUUCAAUCAGUGUUGAUGAAUAUGAUGGCCGAAUGUUGGCGGCACAUGGUGAUGUCGUCGUCGUUACCAUUCAAUAUAGAUUGGGUAUAUUCGGCUUUUUAGAUCUUGAUUCUGACCGUAUACCUGGUAAUAUGGGUUUAUUUGAUCAAGCAAUGGCCUUAAAAUGGAUACAUGAUAAUAUUCGUUAUUUUGGUGGUAAUCCAAAUUCCAUAACAUUGUUUGGAACAUCGGCUGGUUCGAUUUCCAUCGGUUUCCAUAUGUUUGCAUCACCAGCACAACGUUUAUUUCAACGUGCCAUAUUACAAAGUGGUUCACCAAUGUUAUUGAAAGAUGCAUUUACACGUGGUGAAAUUGUAGCGGAAAAAUUUGCCGAAAUUAUCGGAUGCUAUGAAAAAGGUAAUGAAACAAUAUAUGAUGAUCCUGAGCCAAUCAUCGAUUGUAUUGAUCAGACACCAUUCGAACAAAUUUAUAAAGCACAAGAUGAAAUUGUUCGUGAUAAUCCAGUACCAUUUAUGCCAACAAUACCAAGUGAAUAUAUACAAAAUUUAAUUGGUGAUUAUAAUGAAUCGACAAAAAUAUGGCAAAAACAAGUUCUAAUGGGCUUUAAUCUAAAUGAAGGUGCAUUAAUGUUACAUUUGUCAUAUCCAAAAAUUUAUACACGACAUGAUGUACCAAAACAUAGACAUUUACAACAAGUACGACAAAGUGUUGUAACAAUGGGCGUGGAUUCCGGAUUGAAAGAAUCAACAUCAACAGCAAUGGCAAAUCUUUUAAUACGUGGUGAUGAUCAUGAUCAAGAGGAAAAUAAUAAUCCAAUAGUAUGGGCACGUAAAGUAGCCGAUCUAUUCAGUGAUGUUAUGUUUGUUUGUCCUACAUAUCAAUUUAUUGAUAAAUUAUUAUCAUUAAAUACGACAACAUAUCUAUAUCUAUUUGCGCAACGUUCAAAAAAUAGCAAAUGGGGUGAAUGGAUGCAGGUAACACAUCAUGAUGAAAUCAAUUUCAUAAUGGGACAUCCAUUACGUUAUCCAUUAUUUUAUAAUGAUGAUGAUCGUAAUGUAAGCAGUGUUAUGAUUAAAACAUGGACACAUUUUGCACGUACUGGUGAAAUGCCUGAAACUUAUUUCAAUGAAAAAUGGCAGCCAACAACGAUGGAACAAAAAAAAUUUAUGCAAUUAAAAGCCGGUAAUAUGCGUAUGGGAAAUAAUUUUCAUAAUGAAUCCUGUGACCUUUAUAAUCUAUUGGCUGAUUAUCUCAAUUGAUGAACGAAACAAAAUAUGAAAAAACAUCAAUAUGAAAAAAAGAAAUUUAUAUUUAUUCAUUUCAUUUCAAUUUUCAUCAA